CGUAUAUAUACAAACAUGGCAGUCAUAAAGUCAUGCCAUUUACAUAAUUUUUUUUCGUAAAAUGUUUGAUAGAUUUGACGGUAAAAGCACAUCUUACCUAGUCAUCGCUGUUUAAGCAUUAACCAAAUUUAUAUUUCAUAAUAAGAAUAGGAUUUUAUUGUUGCAUUUAAAUAAUCGAAAAAUGGCUCUUUUAACCAUGAUUGCUAGAACUGUUGAUGGUCUGCUGUUAGCUGCAUCUUUACCUUCAGACGAGCAGUCUAGUCGAAAUAUUCAAGAGUAUCAAAACCAAGCAAAGAAUUUGUUCAAAAGAUUAACUGAGCGAUCACCUUUACGUUGUAGUAUUGAAACUGGACCUUAUACAUUUCAUUAUUCAAUUAGCAAUGGAGCAUGCUAUUUAGUUCUUGUGGAUAGUACUUAUUCUAAGCGAAGUGCCUUUGCUUACUUAGAAGAUAUUCAAGAUGAAUUUUUUCGACAGUAUGGCGGACAAAUUCCAACAGCUGUACGACCAUACUGUUUCAUAGAGUUUGACACGUAUAUGCAGAAGUCUCGUAAAAAUUUUCUCGACUCUCGCAACAGCAGAAAUAGAAAUUUGACACGUUUAAGUGAUGAACUUCAAGGUGUUCAGAAGAUCAUGAUAGAAAAUAUAGAUGAAGUCUUGCAAAGAGGGGAAAACUUAUCAGUAUUGGACGACAGAGCUGGUCAAUUGCGAUUUCAAAGUGAAAAAUAUCGAAAAGACGCUAAAUACUUAAACUUAAGGACAGUUUACGCUAAAUAUGCCGCCGUUGGUAUUUUCUUCUUUAUUUUAGUUGUUUUUGUUCGUUAUUGGAUCUUGUAAUUUCAAUUUGUCGCUAAUAUGUCGGUAGUUUGUCGUUAUUGGAUCUUGUAGUUUCAAUUUAUCGGUAGGAUGUUGUUGAUUUGCUAAUAAGAAGUCAUUCAAUAUAGGCAGCAUUAGUUAAAAUUCCACAACCUCGUCAAUUAGAAAUUCUAAAAGAUGAUGCUAUAAAUCUAGAUACUAUUAUUUUGAAGUUUUAUUUGAACUCUGAUUUGCUAUUGGAUGGAUUAUUAUUUUAAAGAAACUUAACAGCAGUUAGUAAAGUUUAUAAUUAAAUAUUUUUAUUCUUUU